GAAUGGCUCAGUCAGGACCAAACUCUUGACAAGGAAUGAACCAGUCUGGUGUGAAAACUGUGUCAAAGUACGACGAUUUUCGAGGAAGAAUUCCCAAACUUGAGGAACAAGUUGUGUUUCCUGUUUUGAAGUGCUUUGAAAAAGUUGAUAAGAAAAUUGUGUUGUAAGUUUUCCUCGUGAAACAAGUCUACUAAAGUAUAAAUCAGUUGUUAAAUAAUCGGUGGUAUGAUUGGUGAAAAUUAGCCGUGUUAAGUAACUAAAUGUGAAAAUACACAAGAGUCACAGCUCAAAAUACGAAUAAUGAUUCCUAAAGAGAAAGCUGGAUCUGACCAGUGGGACGCUUGGUUGUUGGAGGCCGUUCGGAAAAUACGCGCCCAGAAACAACGUCCUGACGCAAACCGAAUUUACAACGCUGUUCGUUUCCUCGCUGAAAAAUGUGCUCAAAAUUCAUCCUCGUCUACGUCACAAUCAGUCAAAUUCGAACCUAUUCACAUGGUCCUCGUCCAGAGAAAUUUGGACCGUGCGGUGCGAGAACGGCUUCUGCUCAAAGUGAUCAGCAAAGGGCAGACGACUUAUAAACCGCCCGAUAAAUGCACCGAUCGAGUCAUGAAUUUGGGAAUCAGUUCGGAUGAAGAGAUUUCGAAAUGCUUCAUAAAAGUGCUCCGAGAACUGAGCGAGCCCGACCCCACAAUUCGUCAGCAACCUUAUUCCUCCCCACUCUUGAAAAAGCCCCCCUCGGGUUUCACCCUCGACCAGAUAAUCGACUACCUGACGCAGUCCCACGUCCUCAUCCUCCCACCCGGCGAACAGGACGACUCUCCAGCCGACUUUCUCCACGAGAAGCUGAGCGUCCUCUUGGAAAAGGAGAUCCUCUGUCGCGGGAGGGUCGAGGUAAUUGACGGAAUUUACUACAAAAUUAAGGAAAAGCAGGAUCCUGGAUUAAGACGGAACCCACAACAAUCUGCAGUCAAAGUUACUCUAACAGACAAUCAACAACAAGUCCUGCUCGAAAGUGAGGACACAGUGAAGCGAAUUGUUGACGAAAGCGUGUCAGGCUUAUUACAAAAAGCGGCAAAGGAUGGUUCAACAGUGACUUUCACCCUGACAUGUACAAUGUCAAAUACCACUUCAAAUUCUGCUCCAAACCCGACAAGCUCAAUUCCCAACAUUCACAUAGAUAUUAAAGAAACGAGAAAACGUAAUCGAUCACUUUCACCAGUUUCGGGCUCUGAAAGUGGUUCGUCCUCAUCGUCAUCGUCGUCGUCGUCGUCCAACAGAAACUUAUGCAUGACACGACGAAAGAUAAAGGCGCCCAACAUAAGGUUGACCCCACCGCCACCAAAGUUGGUCAGCAAUGAAAAUUCACCUGUGUUUGGAGUGAAAAGUUUUUCCCGUGCUCCACUUUCAGAUUCGGAAAGUAGUUGUUCAUCAAAACUUUCAUUAAAAUCGCAGAAAAGCAAAACAAAUAUGGGACAAAAAAUUCCGGUGCCAGGGUUGACCUCUCCAAAUCCAAAUAAGACAAUCAAUGAUACAAACCGGUCAGCUCAAACUUGUGCUAAGAGACGAUCUUUGUCACCCGUUUCGGGAUCGGAGAGCAGUUCGUCUUCAUUGUCGUCAACUUGGUCGAAAUCUUCUAAAGGAAUUGGUUGUGAAAGUGGAACGGAGAAAGUUAAGGUGCCAAAUGUGAGACUGACCCCAAGAGUUGGCUCUGGUGAGAAUUCCGCACUGAAAUCUCAACACGUAAAAAUCCCCAACGCUGGUUGGAGCAUUACUGAUAUCGCAUCCGCAAUCGUGCAAAAGAGGAACAUUACACCCUCAAACCUGUCUCGAGAGAAGAAAAACCUGAAUAGGAAGAGGAAGAAGAAAGUGAAAGCAAAAAUCCAGAAGAAAGACCAAAUUUGCCCUGAAAUUGAAGAACUUGGAAAGGAAAUCGAGGUUGAUUUAGAUGUUGCGAGUUGUUGUUCGUCCUCUUCAAGUAGUUGCAAGGACAACGGCAACUCGUUCCUCGUCGAAUGGGGAUUGGCAAUCGAUGACAUCAUUGACUGUUACUAUGAAUCUGAAAAUGAAAGAGAUGUGUCACCCCUGCCAAGCCCGACGACGUACUUUAAACUCUCACGACCAGAACUACCCUUCACGGAUAGUCCAGUCGGUGGACACUAAAUUCGUAUUUCUAAUAAUCUGCAUUCUAGUUGUACUGCAUAUUAAUUUUUUUGGACAAAUGCAUUUUAAACAUGUACCCUCCCCUCGCUGAUAUGACAUAAUGUCAAUUAUUUCUUGAAGCAUCAUUAAGUUUUAUGGAAUAAUGUAUUUAGCACUAAAUUUGUCAAAAUUCAAAAAAGGAAACAAUAAAUAUAACGUAUAAACAUA